AUGGAGGAGAGUGCUCCGAAGAAGCGGUGUCACUUCGCAAUCCGCAAGGGCGAUGUCUACAAAGCAUGCUCGAAAUGCAACGUAGUCAACAUCGCGCACGUCUCCCACGACUGUCCCAAGAAUGGCCGUACGAGACGGCCAGGAAACUUCACUGGUCGAGGUCAUGCAGAGCAGCAGAUGCUUCUCCACGGUUUGAUUCAGAGGUGCGGUGGUCGUACUAUGAGGAUAACAUCCGUCGGUGGCGGUGAGUCGGUGUUGGGCCACGUGGCUACGGAGCUCUUGCAGCAGAUUCAGGUGGAACGCGUGGAGGCCGACGAGGAACAGGAGGCAACUACGCACCCCAGGAUCUUGGCGGAG